UUGUAUUCGAGUCCGUUGAUUAGCUAUAUAUUUGACAAGUCGACAGAUUAAGAGUGCUUAUCAUAUACUUUAAAAUCGAGAUUCUUGUUCAAACUGAUGUCCAAAAACGAAAAAACCUGUACGAAAGAAGUCGAUGAAGUCUGUUCAACACACCAAGAUGAAACUUUAAAACCUGAUACACCAGAUCAUGUUACAACAUUUAAUCGGAAAAUUACAAUUAAUAAUGGAACAAUACUUAGAAGUAGAGAUCGUGUACAACAUCAUGAAGCUUGUAGUAAACUAGUGGACCACAGCAAAUUUGAUAAAUCGGAAUAUUAUGGCAAUGUUCCGGAGAAAUAUGUAGCAAGCAUUGCUGAAGACAAUAUGCAUAUGAGACCAUGUCCUGCUGUAAUGGUGCCACCACCGCCGCCAGAUCCACCCAAUCCAAAUUAACAAUGAUCGAAAUUGUACUUGAAAUAAAAUUAGUAAUUUG